CAUGCUCUGUGUUGAUCAGUAGAUAUGGUCCCGAUUUACUAUUUGUUUAUAUAUUUCUUUGAGAUUUAGUUCAAUUUUCAUUAUAAAAUUAAAUUGUUAAAACACAGCAAUGGCUGCUUUAUUAAAAAAGCGAGCUUUAGCUGAAUAUAAUAAAUCAUUUCAGGAUGGUCCACCCUCAAAAAAAUUACAUUUGGCUAAGAAGCCAUUGAUCGGUAGCUCGGCUGCUGCGUUUGUUGGACUAUUAGAAAAGUGCAAAUCUAGUGAUGAAGCAUUACAGUUAUUACUACGCAUUUCUGAUUGCCUCCAGUUCCAAGAAUCUGAUGUGGAGGAAGCUAUAAAAAAGUUAUCAGAGCAUUUUCAAUCAGAAGAGGAAUCUGUUGUUAGAGUGAAAAUAUUAUGGUUAUUUUGUGACAUUGGCUUGGAAUGCCCUGGCGCUAAUUUAAAUAAUCUCAUAGAUGAAACAAUACACUUGAUUAAAAAUGAGACUUCUCACAAGGUGAUUGCUCAAGGCAUAGCAACCUUAUUAAAACUCGGUGCUAAGUUAAGUGAUGAUAAAAUUCUGAUGACUCGCUUGGUGGGGGUUGCAAAGGACAAUUUAAAAGACACAAGUCAUCAAGUGAAAUGUAGGUGUUUACAGUUGAUCAGUGAACUGUAUCCCAUCUACCCCGAGUCAGACAGGACCAUGGAGAUGGUUGCUGAAUCUGAUGCUAUUGUAAAGUUACUGGGUGAUUAUUCUUAUGCUGAGGAUGCACGGGUGCGCUGUGAAGCAUUCCAGUCACUUCUUACAUUGCAUGAGAGAGGCCAAACUCUUAGUGCAAAUUUAUAUGACCAAGUGUGUACUGCACUUUCUGAUGACUAUGAGAUCGUUAGAGAAGUGGCUUUGAAACUGGUAUGGGUACUUGGAAAUAAAUAUCCUGAAAACACAAUAGUUCUUAAAGAUGGCGAGACAACGAUGCGUCUAGUCGAUGACGCAUUUGUCCGCAUCUGUUCUGCAGUAAACGAUUUGUGUAUGCAAGUGCGUGCUCUCGCUUGUACCCUGCUUGGUACAACGCGAGGUGUCUCCGAUAGAUUUCUAUUGCAAACACUUGACAAGCAGCUUAUGAGUAACAUGAAGAAGAAGCGCACGGCGCACGAGCGCGGCGCUGAACUGGUGCGGUCGGGCGCGUGGGCGAGCGGGCGGCGCUGGGCCGACGACGCGCCCGGCGCGCUCGUCAGCAGCCACCGCGUGCAGCUGCUGCCCGGCGGCGCCGCCGGCGCCUUCGUGCACGGGCUCGAGGACGAGCUCAUGGAGGUGCGCACGGCAGCGGUGGACGCGGUGUGCCAGUUGUCGAUGGAGAACACGAUAUUCGCGACGACGUCGCUCGACUUCCUCGUGGACAUGUUCAAUGACGAGAUUGAAGACGUGCGCCUGCGCGCCAUCGACAGUCUCACCAAGAUCUCGCACCACAUCGUGCUCAGGGAGGAUCAGCUCGAGAUCAUAUUGGGCGCUUUAGAGGAUUAUUCAAUGGAUGUGCGAGAAGGUCUGCACAGAAUGUUGGGUUCCUGUACAGUUGCAUCGAAGACCUGCCUCGAGAUGUGUAUUGACAAAAUUUUAGAAAAUCUCAAAAGAUAUCCACAGGACAAGCGGUCGACGUUCCGUUGUGCCCAGCGGCUGGGCAGCUCACACGCCACGCUGGUGCUGCCGCUGGCGCCGCGCCUGCUGUCCGUGCAUCCGUUCUUCGACAUGCCUGAGCCUGACGUCGAGGACCCGGCCUAUAUGUGCGUGCUGAUCCUGACGCUGAACGCGGCGCAACACUGCACCACCAUGCUGCCGCUGUUCGAGGAGCACACCAUCAAGCACUACACGUACCUGCGGGACACCAUGCCGCACCUUGUACCACACUUACCUAUAGGGGAAGCGCAACUAGGCGCCGAGAAGAUAGAGGCCGCUAUGGACGACAGCGCGGUGCGGCGUUUCUUCGAGUCGGUACUACAGCACAUCGACAACGUGACGCUCUCCACCAACGUGCGCCUCAAGAUGUUGCGCUCCGCCGAGGAACAACUCAACAAGCUGUCGGAGAUGGAGCCUCAGGUGGCGGGCGCGGCGCAGUUCACGGCGCUGUUCGCGCGGUGCGUGCGCGCGCUGCACGCCGCGCUGCACGCCGCGCCGCUCGGCGCGCCGCCGCCGCUCGCGCUGCAGCACCUGCACAUGGACUGCCUGCGCCUUCAGCACCAGUUCAGUGGCGUGACAGAGCAAGAGAAUGCUUGCGUGUGGCAGUUGGCGCUACGAGUGUGCGCCGCGCGGCUGUACGCGGCGACGGUGGGCGCCAACAACGGCACCCCGCCGACGACGCCGGGCGCCGCCACUAGUGCAGCCGGCGUCACCGGCGCCGCCAGCGCGACCGGCGCCACCGCCGCCGCGCUCUCGGCGGCCGCUGCCCUCACGCACCACGCUGAGUUACUUGAUCGGAUGUUGGCCUCCGCAGGUGUGGAGCCAGACCCGUUCACAAUAGCAGUAUUCCAACAGCUGUCGAUGAGCGCGGACAACAAGCCGGCGGCGCUCGCGCGUGCUCUCAUGCCGCUAUUGCAGGCUGCGCCGCUGCCCGUCAUACCGAAGCCCAGUCUCAAAAUCCGCAUGUGCACGGCGACGAUAAUCGAGCCGGCGAGCGACAACGACACGGUGCUGCGGUUCAGCGCGGGGCUGGUGACGAGCGUGGCGCUGGAGGCGGAGGUGGUGCGCGUGCGGCAGCCGGGCGCGCUGCGCGUGCGCGUGGCCUACCCCGACCGCCGCCACCACGCGCUCGCGCCGCCGCGCGACCACCUGCGCCCGCUCGACCACCUCGACCACAACGAAGACGGCACACAGAAUGUGCGCUUGCUGACCAAGGUGUUGAUAUCGCACGGCGUAUGGACGGACCCGUGUGGAGUGGAUAUUACAGUGUGCCUGGCGGUCGACGACGCUGUUGGCAGUGCUCGCGACGCCGCGCCGCUCGUCGAGCUCAGCCGGCCCGUGAGAGUCACCGUCGCGCCCAAACCUAUUAAACGGGGAAUAUAAGCAAUCGCCAUUUCAAACACUCUGUUCUAAGGACAAGAUUCAAUACAUGAUGCAGUCCUUGUUUGAUAUCCAAGUAUUUCGUGUCAUUGGAUUUAAAAGUUUGAUAGGUAAAGAUUUGGAUUUUCCAAUAAAAAAUCAACGUUUUGGUUGCCUUCCUCGCUAGAUAAUAAAAAAUUAAUGGACAUUUAAGAAUUUCACAAAAAAAAAAGACUAUUUUCUAAUACUGCAAUCUUGAUAAGUAGCGAUAUGCUACAUAAUUAUUCUGUUAUCAAAUUUGACUUCAAUUUAUAUACUAAUUUUGUCAGUAUAUGUAAUUUGUUACAUAUAGUGAUAAUUUUAGUAUUUAAUUUAAAUAACUUCCAAAAUAUACAUAUAUUUUACCGAUUUUGUUUUACACUGUUGUAACUUGUCGGCAGGACCAAUUAAUAAUUAACUUAAUUUUGGACGAGACAACCAUUUGUAGAUUAAGGAAAUAUAUAAGACGAAAUAAAUAAAUAUUGUACAGUAA